AUGGUCCCCGCAGUGCCACCAGCGGGCCCAGCAGAGCCACCGACGCUCCCCACGCUGCCCCCGAGGACGUCACCGGUACCACCGCCCGUCCCCACGCCGCCACCAACGGUCCCCGCGGGGUCCCUGGGCCACGGCCCCAGGGGGUGCAGCUUCUGCCGGCACAACGGGGAGUCGCGGCGGGUGCAGCUCUCGCACCGGCUGCGCGGCCCCGACGGCGCCGUGAGCUGCCCGGUGCUGCGCCGCUACGUCUGUCCCCUCUGCGGGGCCACCGGUGACACCGCGCACACCCUGCGCCACUGCCCCCGCAACCCCGAGCCCGGCCCGGCCCCGCGGCGCGGCCGCCGCAACGCUGCCGGGAGGCGGCUGUGGGUCUGA